AUGGAAGAUCCAACCAGUUCACCAUCAAUUUUAACUAAUCAUAAGAAUCAUCAUCAUCAUCAUCAUCAAACCAAUACUCCAUCUCCUACUAAUAAUAAUAAUAAUAAUAAUUCACAGCCACAAAAAUAUUCAACAUCUUGUAGUCCAGAUUUAACAUUUGCUUUAGGAAAUCUAAACUCUUCACAUCACAGUGUGACAAAAGGUUUUGUUUUACCACCAAAUAUCUCAACUCCAUUGUCAUCUUCAUCUUCAAUAUCUUCCACAUCUUCAUCAUCAUCUUCAUCUUCAUCAUCGUCAUCAUCGUCCAACAACGACAAUAACAGCAAUGGUAAUGAAGCAAUCGACAAUUUAAAAAAAGAAAAUCAACCAGUUUUAGGGAAUAGUCAACCCUGCAUCAAUAAUACACUACAUCUUGGUAAAAGUAGUGAUUCUGUAACUACAGUUGAUCGAUUAAUUAAAGAACCAGAGUUGAUACAGAUAUCAUCUCAUAAACCACCACUUGAACAACCACAACAACCACUACAACAACAACAACCGCCACAACAAUCACAACAACUUCCACCAUUACAAUUACAACCUCAACCACAACCACAACAACUAGAACAACAACAUGAACAUAAACAUCAUCACCAUCAACAUCAUCAUCAUCAUCAACAAGUAGAAAUUAAAAAACCAAUUCCAGUUUCGGCAGCGUUAUCAUCAUCAUUGUCACAAGUAAUGAGUGGCUUAAAAUCGACAUCAAAUAACCCUGCAUCAUAUCCUUCGACAUCUAGACCUUCUAGCUCGACGACGGCUGAUUCGUCGGGAACCAGCCAUGUUGGUAACAAUUCACCAUCCUCGAUAAAUAACUCGGCGUCAUCUUCAUUUACUCCUCAAACGACUGAUGCAGUAGAUGUUAAAAAUGUACUCUCAUCUCAAAUCGAAUCAAGAGAACGAGAGAUUGAAAGAUUAACCAGAGUCGCUGAAAAGGAUAAAUUGGAUUGUAUUGCCUAUUUAAAUUCUAUUAAAGAUCAUAAAGAACAAUUGGCAGGAUAUAUAAAAGAUUUUUAUGAUGAUCAAAAUAUAUCUAAUCUAACACAAUUGGGAUCAUCUACAUCAUCAGUAUCUUCUACAACAUCUUCAAUUAUUUCAUCACCUAUAUCUGCAAGUAAUGGAGGUGGUGGUGGUGGAGGUGAUAGAAAACAACAUAUUAUUGAAAAAUCAACAGCUUUGAAUGCUAUAGAAGGUACUAUUUUCCAAUCACCAUUUUUAGUAGAGUCACCAAUGAAUUCAUAUAUAAGCCAAUCACCACAAAACCCACAUCACCAUUCCAUUUCAACUGCUUCAUCCGUUGGUCAUCAGAGUCAUCUUGGACACAGUAGAAGUUUGAGUACACCCAUUUCAUCCAUGUCAUUUUGGGAUUCUCCACACCAACAACAUGAAAGUGAAAAGAGUGAGGGGUCAGUAUCCGUCCUCGUAUCUUCGUACCACAACAAAGAUGAAGAGUUGGAACGAGUUCGAUCAAGGACCACAUCUCAAUCGGUCAAAGCCAACUUUUUACGCGAAAAGUACGAAGAACUAGUACAACUGGUUCAAACUGAAAAAGAAAAUUGGAGUUCCAUAUUGGAUACAAAAAAGAAACAGGUUGAACAAAAGGAAAGAGAUAUUUGUAGAUUACUAAUGAUGGCUGAAACUCAAAAAAAAUUAUCAAUGGAAUAUACUGAUCAAAUUACAAGAUUAAAAAAAUCAUUAAUAUCAAUCGCACAAUUAAGAGGAAAUACAGCGAUUGAUGUAAAAAGAUUAAAUGAAAGAUUUUCAGUUGAAUCAUUGGCAAGUGGAUCACCGUGUAGUUUGGGAUCAUCAUUUGGAUUAUCUGGUCGACCAAUAUCAACAUCACCAAGUAAAGCCUCGCCAUUGAACAUUUCACCCAAGGCAUCACAGUUGGAAAGAAAAAAUUCAUUGGCCGAUAUUAGUUUUGGUAAAUGUCACACGGAAGAGAAAAAGGGAUUGAUCCAUAUUUGCAAAAUGAUCGAGAAAAAGGAUGAAGAAAUUAGACGUAUCAAGGACAUUAUUGAAUAUGAAAUGAUGCGCACCAACUAUCUCUCCAACAAGGUUGGCGAAUUAAAACUAAUGUUGGAAGAUGAAAGUCGUCAAGUUGAAUCAUUACAAUUAAGAUCAUUAAAAGAAGUAAGAGAAAAAGAAGAUGCUAUUCUCAAAGUUGCUCUUCGUGCUCAAAAAGAAAGAAUUAAAGCAAAUCAAUUAAAAGAAGAAAUUAAAAAAUUAUUAAAAGAUUUAAAUUAUGAUGAAAUAACAAAAACAAAAAGAGGAUUUGAUUUGGAUUCUGUAUUCAUAGAGAUGGGAGAUUUAAAUGAAUAUCAAAAUCUAUCAUUGUCACCAUACUGUGAUGAAAAUUUACAACUUAAACAACCAAAAUAUCAUCAAAUUAAUGAUCAAAAACGUUUGAAUCAUAGUAGUAAUGAACUACAUUCAAAUCAACAACAACAGCAUCAUCACCACCAUCAUCAUAAUGGCCCUUUAUUUAAUAAUAAUAAUCAUCAUUAUCAUCAAGGACAUCAUCAUAAUGUAAAUAAUAAUAAUAAUAAUAUUUCGAAUAAUAAUAAUAAUCAUACUACAGCAACAGCAAGUAUAACUACACCAAAUGCAAUGAUUGAAUCGAGUAAUAGAAUCAAUUCAAAUCUUGUUUCAUCGUCUAUAUGUAUUCCAAGUGGCGCAAAUAGAAGAGGAUCAAUCAGUUCAUUGUCAGAUUUGACCAGCGCUGGAAAUAGUCUUUCGCCAACCUUUCAAUACCUCUCUUCUUAUUUUACUAGUCAGUUCCAUCACAACAACCAUACUAGAGGUUCACCAAAAACAACUGCUGCCAUCUCUAUGAGUCCAUCCACUUCGGACAGAUCCAACAUUCUCUUUGGGUCGCCAACCGAGAUUAUCAAUUUCAAGUUACAGGAAAUCGAGAGAUUAUGUAAAUCAACUUGUCAAAAGGAUAGAGAGUUGGCCAAAGUCAAAAAGAUUGCUGAAGCUGAACGUUCCCGAUUCGCAAUCCUCAAAGAGAAAUACAAAGAAUUGAGAAUGGAAUUGUCAGAAAAAGAACAUCGUUAA